GAGCACACAUUCUCUCUCUCUCUUCCUCUCUCUCUAAACGCUUCCACCCAGAGAGAGAACGCUUCCACUCCACCGAGAGAGAGAUAGAGAGGAUGGGGAUGGACGAAAAGGACGACGACGCCGGCUAUCGGAGCUCCGGCAAGAGGCUAAAAUGCGCCAGAGAUGAGGAGGAGGAGGAGCAGCAGCAGCAGGAGGAGGAGGAGGAAGAGGAGGAGGAGGCUGGAGGAAAGAGCGAGCUGCCGCUGAAGCCGAGCGGCUUCUUCUACCCGAUGAUGCCGUCGGCUUUCGUCGUUUCCGAUGCUCUUGAGCCCGAUUUUCCGAUCAUUUACGUCAACAAGGUGUUCGAAAUCUUCACCGGCUAUCAUGCCGACGAAGUUCUCGGCCGGAACUGUCGGUUCCUACAAUACAGAGACCCUCGUGCCCAAAGAAGGCACCCUUUAGUCGAUCCUGUUGUUGUUUCAGAGAUCAGAAGAUGUCUCGAGGAAGGCAUUGAAUUCCAGGGUGAGCUUCUGAACUUCAGAAAAGAUGGUACUCCCCUGGUGAACAGGCUAAGACUUGCCCCCAUACAUGGUGAUGAUGGAACAGUGACACAUGUGAUAGGAAUUCAAGUGUUUUCUGAAGCAAAAAUAGAUAUGAAUAGUGUAUCUUAUCCAGUUUUUAAAGAAACUUGCCAGGAGCAAUUUGAUCAAUCUGGUAAAUACCCUCAAAAGAGUGGACAACUUCCAUACAAUCAACACCAGGAAAUAUGUGGGAUUCUUCAGCUCUCUGAUGAGGUCCUGGCUCACAACAUCUUGUCACGCUUGACACCAAGGGAUGUUGCUUCCAUUGGUUCUGUUUGUAGAAGGAUUCGCCUGUUAACCAAGAAUGAGCAUGUCAGGAAGAUGGUAUGUCAAAAUGCAUGGGGUAGAGAAGUCACAGGUACAUUGGAACUGAUGACUAAGAAACUAGGGUGGGGUCGUCUGGCUAGGGAGUUAACCACUCUUGAGGCUGUUUGUUGGAGGAAGCUGAAAGUUGGAGGCGCGGUGGAGCCCUCGCGCUGCAACUUCAGUGCAUGUGCUGCAGGGAAUCGACUUGUAUUGUUUGGAGGGGAAGGAGUUAAUAUGCAACCAAUGGAUGAUACAUUUGUUCUGAAUCUUGAUGCUGCAAAUCCAGAGUGGCGUCGGGUGAGUGUAGAAUCAUCUCCACCAGGGCGUUGGGGCCAUACACUCUCAUGCCUGAAUGGUUCCUGGUUGGUGGUGUUUGGUGGAUGUGGGAGACAGGGAUUGCUCAAUGACGUGUUUAUUCUUGACUUGGAUGCUGAACAGCCUACUUGGAAGCAAGUUUCUGGUGGAACUCCCCCUCUCCCUAGAUCUUGGCAUAGCUCUUGCACCAUAGAAGGCUCUAAGUUAGUCGUCUCCGGUGGAUGCACUGAUGCAGGGGUACUUCUAAGUGACACGUAUCUUUUAGAUCUCACAACAGACAACCCAACAUGGAGAGAAAUCCCUACUUCUUGGGCUCCACCCUCUAGGUUGGGCCAUUCACUCUCAGUUUAUGGUAGGACAAAGAUUCUCAUGUUUGGAGGGCUUGCCAAGAGUGGGAACUUGAGAUUACGAUCAGGUGAGGCAUACACGAUUGAUCUAGAGGAUGAAAGGCCACAAUGGAGACAACUGGAAUGUGGUGGUGCAUACACUGGCAUAGGUGGUCAGAAUGCUGUGGUUCCUCCUCCUAGGCUUGAUCAUGUUGCUGUAAGCAUGCCUUGUGGGAGAAUUAUUAUAUUUGGCGGUUCUAUUGCUGGGCUACACUCUCCUUCUCAGCUUUUCUUGUUGGAUCCUUCUGAGGAGAAACUGUCGUGGAGGGUUCUUAAUGCCCCUGGGCAAUCACCGAAGUUUGCUUGGGGUCAUAGCACCUGCGUGGUUGGAGGAACAAGGGUUUUGGUUCUUGGGGGCCACACUGGAGAGGAGUGGAUUCUCAAUGAGUUGCACGAGUUGUGUUUGGCGAGUAGACAGGAUUCAGAUCCAUGAUCCAUCACAAGUUGCAACCUCAAUGGAUCUAUUAACAAUGUAGGCUGCUAGAGGUUCCAUCUUGUUUUGCUGUUUAUUUCAUUCAAUUUCCUGAUAUGUGUUGGCUAUGCACUGAGUAUAAUUAUACUGUUGUAUGAAGACACAAUGAUUUGUGCUUUAGAUGCAUGUCUGCUAUAUGUAGUUGCAUUGUGCAAGACAGUAAUAUCCUGUAAAUAAAGUGUAGGCUGCUGAUUGAGCUUCUUGUUGCUCUA